UGUUGUUCUGAUUUCAUGUUUAAGAUAUGACUUAGAUUCCCAUUGUCAUUUGAAUGUCAGUGAAUAAAAAGCAAUCCACUUCUUUGGUUACGCAUUUAUGUUGACGGUUUCUUUCAGUUUCUCCUGAUUUUCAAGUAAUUGAUUUUAAGUUUUUAAGCAGUUAAAUUAUGGAAAGACAAGUGAGGUGAUUCCAGAGGUGAUGACAGUUAAGAUGGAGGAAGAGACCUUUAAAGAAAUGGCCAUCAGAGAGGCUGUUGGAUAGCACGGAGGAGGAGGCCAUUAAUGACAUUAUUUCCCAAGGAAAAAAACAAUAUCAACUCCUUUGUGCUCAAUGGUUACAGGGAUGAAGGCACCAUUCACAAUCAUCCCUUUACUGCUUAUGUUUUAUCAAUCAUCAGCAAUUGAGGUUGUUGUGAACACAUCAAGCCCUGUUGGACCACUGAAACACUUUUGGAAAUCAACUGGCUUCUGCCCUCCACUCCCCCAUGAAUCAGCGAGUGGUUUUGACCUUGGUGGAGACAUGUCCUACAACCUGGCUAUGAUCGGAGCCAUCCCUAGAUCAGGUAUCGAGCAGGUCCGCAUACAUUGGCUGCUGGACAUCGUUACAGUUAUCAGCCAUGAGCCAUUCAAGGCUCCUGUCUAUAACUUUACUUUAUUGGACAAUGUGAUCGACCUGCUGUACAAUAACGGACUGAAGCCAGGAUUUGAGCUGAUGGGGAACCCAUCGGGAUUGUUCAGAAACUUUGAGGAUAAAGAAACUGUGUACCUCUGGAAAGACCUAGUGACUCAGGUGGCUUCACGAUAUAUUGAUGAGUAUGGUGCAGGGUUUGUGUCUGAGUGGAACUUUGAAACCUGGAAUGAGCCAGACUGCCAUGACUUUGAUAAUGUCAACAUGACUGUACAAGGUUUUCUAAACUAUUAUGAUGCCUGCUCAGAGGGACUGAAGGCGGCUUCGGAGUCCCUGAUCCUUGGUGGACCGGGGGAUGGGUGCCGGAGGACAGACUACUCCGAUGCCCUGCUCGACCAUGUAGUGCUGGGAACCAACUUCUUCACUGGGGAAACUGGCGUCAGGAUUGAUUUCCUGUCCUUCCAUAGAAAGGGCAGUGGAUUUUCAAAGAAGAUUAUGGAUGAUGAGAUUACGCUGAUGUCACAAAUAGCCACUAAGUACCCGACCCUGGCAGACAAACCCUUCUAUAAUGACGAGGCCGACCCUCUUGUUGGUUGGUCCCGGGAUGAGGAAUGGAGGGCAGACUCUACUUACGCGUCUAUGGUUGCUAAGGUAAUUGUUCAGCACCAAAAAGCCUUCAUCUCCAACAAGAAUCCCAAAAUUAAGAACUACCAUCUCCUUAGUAAUGAUAACGCGUUCCUCAGCUGGUACCCUCACCAGUUCACCCAGCGAACAUUGUUGGCACGGUUCCAGAUAAACACAACUAGUCCACCCCAUACACACUUCUUUAGGAAACCAGUCUACUCGGUGAUGGGUUUCCUGUCUCUCCUUGGAGAAACUGAAGUCCAGGCAACUGUUACGUCUAACAGCUCAAGCCCAGACCUAGAGGCCAAUUUUGGUGUUUUAGCAAGCACACACUCGCCCCGCAUAAAUGGAACAGCUGACAGUUGGCAGAGUACUGUGCUGUUCUAUGUUAGUAAUGACACGGGGCCUCAACUGUUCAACACAUAUGCUUACCUGUACAUGGAUAUCAACCCCCCUGAAUGGGCCUCAGAGGAAUUGUACAUGACAGGCUGGUGGCUGGACAAUACUGUGGGAAACCCAUAUAGGAUCUGGGAAAACGCUGGAAAACCUUCCUACCCCAACCUAGACCUACAGAAACAGAUGAGAGUUGAUACAAGCAUUUUGCCCCGGUUUAGCACCUCGGUGAAGGCUGGGUACCAGUACAUAGGCAAAUUUUUCCUGGAAGAACCGGCUGUGAUACUGGUACAUGUCUGCUCCAGGGCUUCACUUCCUCCUGACCAGCCCAAUAAUGUUAAUAUAAGAAACAUCACGAGUGGCCAGAUCUUAAUCACAUGGUCGGACAAAUGCCUGAACUCUAGGUGUAUUUUAAACUAUGAGGUGGCAUUUUCCCCUGAUGGUUCCCGCUUCACGACCCUUGAGCCGGGCUACAACCUUGGCAUGUCUAACUCACUCGUGUACACACCACAGCCUAAACAAGGAGUGCCACCAGACAGCCUGGUGACUGGUUACUACAAGGUUAGAGCCAUGGACUACUUCAGGGACUACAGUGAAUACUCCUUGCCUGUCCAGUACCCUCCACAGGGGCAGGGGAGAUAACUGUUUAUCUACAAUCUUAUUACCUCCAUUUACAAAUUGAAAUUACUCAGGUUGGCUGUUGACAAAGAAAAAACAGACAAGGGUUGGCAUUCUUUGCAGGGCUCCGAUUGAUAUGGAAAAUAUACAAAAAUACUUUCAUUUAUAAUAGCCUUAUAGGGUCUUUUUCACAAGUUCAAGUUCAAGUUUUAUUCAUCAAGGCAUAUAAUAUGCAUGUGACAUAACAAAACAAUGAAACACAUAUUAAUUAACAUCAAAUAAAACAGUGAACAAACAUGUCAAACACAAAAAAGAAACUUUACUAAACAACAUCACAAUUCAUUGUGUCAUGCAUAAAAAAAUCUCACGUGAGAUGUGAACAAAAUGAAAUGUAAAAUGAUAUUACAUCAUUGAAAGUUUGAAGAACAGCUGUAUCGUUAACACAUAUUUAAAAAUAUAUGUCAGACAUAAAAAGCUUUCUUUUGCCAAAAACUGUUAGUAGGGUUAAUCAGAAUAAAUGACUUAAGGGCUUGGUUCACAAAUCUGUUUAAAUAAGAAUGUCAGUUGCUGUUUGGUAAACCUACAAAAGUAGGUAAAAUAACUCAAAAAUUGAACAAAGUUAAAUACCAAAUGUUGCCAAUAUGAAUUCGGAGUUGCAAUGUAAACAUGGCGAUGAUGCUAUGAAGUGUUUUCUGUGCCAAAGACAUAAAUUCUUAUGCUACGUAUUCUAAGGGAAGUCACUGCUGACUGGUGCUAGUGAUUUGGUAUGUGAGAGUACAUGUACUUCCAGAUUAUGCCUGUGUUGAACAGACUGCGAUAAUAAUUUUGUGGUAAUCAUGAUGGUGCUAUUUGACAUGUUAGAUUCAAUCAUCUGUACACAUUCCAAUGAUUGAAAACAGCUGAAUUGUAUUCCAAUGAUUGAAAACAGCUGUAUUGUUUUCCAAUGAUUGAAAACAGCUGUAUUGUAUUCCAAUGAUUGAAAACAGCUGAAUUGUAUUCCAAUGAUUGAAAACAGCUGUAUUGUUUUCCAAUGAUUGAAAACAGCUGUAUUGUAUUCCAAUGAUUGAAAACAGCUGUAUUGUAUUCCAAUGAUUGAAAACAGCUGUAUUGUAUUCCAAUGAUUGAAAACAGCUGUAUUGUAAUGUACAUAGUAUAUUCAUCAUUUUAUUCUUUGUUUGUUAAUGAUGCAAUUUGAAAUGAAUAUUACAAGUUAUUUUUAUUCUCAAAGGCCCGUUUCCCAAUUUUGCUGAACCGAGUUAUUAGGAUUAUAUGGAUUAUACCCAUUAAAAUUUUACCCCUAUUUUAGUACAAACCUGGAUUGGAUAAGGAACCGCAGAGCAAUUGACCAUAGUAAUCUGAUAAUUGGUAAUAUGAUGCAUUCUUUUAAAUAUGAUGAUGAUUUUGAAUAUUUUGCAGGAUUUUCAAUGUCGUUGUAAAACAUGUUUUAUAUAAAGUUGCCAUGGAUGAAAUUCCAUUUUGUAUGUGAUUAAGGAAAUACAUUUUAUUCAUAUCACAUGUGAUAUUUAUAGAUUCUGCGGAUGAAAUUCCACUUUGUACGUGUUGUAUGAAAUUCAGUGUUGUUGUAUUAUAUUAUGUUUUGGGAAAUGUGCAAUACUAGUAUUAAUGUAUUAAUUUUUCGUCAAUACUGUUUAUGAUACCCAAAGGGAGAGCAUAUAGUUGCCACUUUGUCAGUCCUUCUGUCCAUCAGUAGUCCUACCAUCUGUCACACCCCUGUCCAGAAAUUAACUUCCAAAAUACUGAUGGGAUUGAAAUAAAACUUGGAAAUAAGAUAAAUGGUAAUGAGAGGAAAUACAGUGCACAAGAACCAUAAUCCUAUCAUGUAUAUUAUAAAGUUAUCUGCCCUUAACCAUGUUUUCAUUAUUGGUGCUUGUCUGCCAUAUCUUUAAAAAUACUACCAGUUAAUGAAAUUUUAAAUAUAAUAAUAAGAGAAACUGCGGUGCACAAGAACAGUACUCCUGCCUUGCAUAUUUUUUAAAUUUUAGUUAUAUCCCCUUACCCUGAUAUUUUUCAAAACUGGGUACUUGUCCGGGUCAUAUCUUGAAAAAUACGUAUUUUAAUGAAACUUCAUAAAAUUAUGCAGAUGGAUGCAGAUAGAUGGCAAAAAGAGGAAGUGCAUAACCCAAAAACCAUAAUCCUGCCCUGAAUUUGUAUUAGAAACUCCCCCUAUCUAAUUGUUUUUGAAAGUUGGAAUUUGUCCAGACCACAUCUGGAAUAUUUUUGGUUUUCAAUUGCUGGUUUUUUAAUUUCUUGAAAUUUUCUUUAAAAUUUAUAUCUAAAACCUGCCUAUAUCUUUCCAUGUUAUGAAUGUUUCCAACUUGUGUUUGAUAGUGCUACAACCAUUUAAUUUUGACCAGCACAUUGUAUUACAAUUUCUGCCUUUUCAUAUAAAAUUGGAGUGCAUCCACUACUACCAGUGAUAUUUGUAAAUAGUUUGAGUGUUGUGUAUAGCACAUGACCAUGUUUUUAAACUAAAUUUUAUGUUGUAUCUGAGUAGAAAUGUUGUUAAAUGUUAUAUUGUACACCUUAAACCAUAUGUAUGGUAUACUUAAUAACCUUUGAAAAGUGAAGUAAA